AUUUCCGAAAAAAGUCCGGAAUUGCACGUGGAGCGACCUGGUCUUUCAGUCUCGUUCCCGGUGUAUUUAUAUUUCCCGGUCGUCGUCGGCCUCCUCUCCCCUCGCUCACCGCCCCACCGCCACGUGGCUCUCCGUCUUGGGCCGAGCCUCUCCCCUCUCUCUCUCUCUCUCUUCUAAGGCCCAUUAAGAAGCCCGGCCCCGUCCCACUUCAACAAUCUGCGAUUCGCACGGUCUCUUCCCCCUCUCUACCUUUCGCCCACCAAGUGUUCGGCAAUAUGCUUCUGGGGAAAAGUCUCCAUUUUAGAGUUUAAUUUUGCCGAUUUAUUUGUCGAUGUCGAAUUGAAUCCUUAUUUGUGUUAUGAUACUGAGGAAUUAAAAAGUCCAUUUUUUGGAACUAUUAAAAUUGAUGAAAUUUCCAUCGAUUCCGAAGCAUCGAAUGAUUUCUCUACUCAUUCCAAGAAGAGAUCCUCGUUUCUAGUUGAAUGCAGUUGAACUCUAUGCAGAUUAUUCGUUCAACCGGUGCGCAAAUGUUAACCGAUGUUCGGUAUUCAGAUGCAUCAAUUCAGAUAAGUUCAAUAUCAGUUGAUAUAUUAUGUUGCUGUUGAACGUUAUGCUCUGCUUUAUAGCAUUAAUUCUGUGGUAUUUUUAGAUUCUAUAUUUAAAUGUGUUGAUAUGUCCAUAAUUGAUUUGGCCAUUUGUGAUUAGGUCUUUCGUAUUCUGUUGGCGAACAUUAUAAGCUUGGUGAUUUGAUGGCCUCGUCUGCUAUAAAACCGGGCACGCUUGUCACUUUGCAAGAGUUAGAGCCUUCCUCUCCUAUGUUUAAGCAAGGUGCAUCUCUUCGAGUUACCGGAAAGCUUCAGGAGUAUAGUGUGGAGACUGCCGUUGCUGUUAUUUCCGACAGCGGCGCGAGCCUCAAGAUUGAUACCCGACACUUGAGGGACGUUGUUUUCCGAAUUGGCUCCAUCUACCAGUUCAUUGGUGAACUCCUCAUUCAAUCAGAUGAUGAUGCAAUCUUGCAAGCACGGGUGGGGAGGAAUGUAGACGGGAUCGACCUCAAUCUCUACUACCAAUCUCUACAACUCCGUCGACAAUUCGAAGCUGAAUUCUCGAAUUCAACAAGAACUUGAUGUCCUGUUUUGAAUUGGUGGUAUCAUUUAGUGGUAUCAAUUAAUGUGAAUGCGGUGUUUGCCAUCACAAGUUAGUGGUAUCAAUUUGCCAUCACAAGUUAGUGGUAUCAAUUAAUGUGAAAGCGGUAUUUGCCAUCACCAGUUAGGCUAGGCUUUUCACUCGGUCACAAUUAGUACUUUGAUUCAUGCUCUGAUUUGAACAGCUAUCUUCCUUAAUUAUGACAUUUUCAGUAUUUUGUUGACUAA